AUACAAAAAUCUAAUAAGUUAUAUGCAUGUGGGUUCGAGCCAUCGAUUUAAGGAGUUGUUCCAAUCCGAAACGCCGGUCAUCAGUGCAACAGAUUGGAGUUUCCAGACACCUUUCCAAUUCCAAAUUUCAUCCGUAUUUCCUCACAAACUUUCAUAGUUUUCCUCGGCAUCCCAAUCCUUCGAGCAUAGAUGAAACAAUAGCUUCUGGGCUAUCGAUCAAUAAAGGGUUCGUCGUUUCUGUAAAAAAAAAUUUGUGAUUAAUCAUGAGGAAGAGGGAGAGGGAAAACCCAUGUGGGGUUUGUGGGCAUUAUCACAAAUAUGAAGAAGGGGAAGUUUGUGGGAUUUGUGGUCAUCGAAUCCCGUUUUCAUCUGAGAAAGUAGGAUUUCAAACCAGUGCUUUCCCUUCGGAGAUCUUGCCGGACUUUCUCUACUUGGGUAGCUACGAUAACGCAUCUCGAGCUGAACUUCUCAAGACUCAAGGGAUCUCUCGUGUGCUCAACACUGUACCUGCUUGUCAAAAUCUAUACAAGAACUCCUUUACUUAUCACUGCCUCCCAGAUGACAAAAAUUUAUCCUUUGAUGAUGCAAUACAAUUUUUAGAGCAAUGUGAAAAGGACAAGGCUCGUGUUCUGGUGCAUUGCAUGUUAGGAAAAAAUAGGUCACCAGCUAUUGUAAUAGCAUACCUCAUGAAGUGCAAAGGAUGGAGACUUGCACAGAGCUACCAAUGGGUGAAAGAACGGAGGCCAAUGGUUGACUUAACUUCAGCUGUCUAUCAGCAGUUGCAGGAGUAUGAGCAGCAGAUCUUUGGACCGAUGGAAAGCAAUCCAGUAUUACCAGUCUUCCCAUUGUCGGAAACACAGACACGGCCUUUUGUCUUCAAUUUGCCUAAAGCUAAUGGUCCAGUUCCAGCCCCUGUUUUCAACAUGCCUGCUGCAACCUCCCUUUUUGACCGUCCUGCCCUGAACAUUCCUCCCAAUCAGUUUACAUUUGGAGCUGGUCAGACUGAGAAGCAGAUGCUUGAUGUUGGUGUCAUCCCUCCAAAUGGAAAUGACACAUUGAUGGAUGGCUCAUGAUUUUUACUGGAGCUUUUGCAUCAAUGAAUUUUCGUCUAAAGUCAGAACCAUAAUGAACAAGUUUAUAUCCAGGUUUUGGACAUGAUGUGGAUAAAAGGAAGAAAAAAGGCUCCUUCUGUUUGUCAGAAUUGAAUCCUUGCACACUAAGCAUGAUGGUCUUUGGAGUCUGUUGAAAUUGCGAUAUCUCAUUCACUAAUUAUUCCUUUGUUUAUAUGAGAUGACACUGAAUGGGAUUUUGUGGGCAUUGAACUUUGUUUUUAUUUUUUUAAGUUCUAUAGAAAAGUGACUGCAUAUGAAGCAGUUUUAUACUCCUGUAAAUAUACAAUUUGAGACAGCUUGUUCUUCUAUCACCAAACCUGUUAGGACUUUUUGCAGAACA